AUGCAGUUGUCAGCCCUGAUGCAGUGGGGAGACGUACUGCAGCUUGCCCACAUGCAGUUGUCAGCCCUGAUACAGUGGGGAGACGUACUGCAGCUUGCCCACAUGCAGUUGUCAGCCCUGAGGCAGUGGGGAGACGUACUGCAGCUUGCCCGCAUGCAGUUGUCAGCCCUGAUGCAGUGGGGAGACGUACUGCAGCUUGCCCCCAUGCAGUUGUCAGCCCUGACGCAGUGGGGAGACGUACUGCAGCUUGCCCACAUGCAGUUGUCAGCCCUGAUGCAGUGGGGAGACGUACUACAGCUUGCCCACAUGCAGUUGUCAGCCCUGAGGCAGUGGGGAGACGUACUGCAGCUUGCCCACAUGCAGUUGUCAGCCCUGAUGCAGUGGGGAGACGCACUGCAGCUUGCCCACAUGCAGUUGUCAGCCCUGAGGCAGUGGGCAGACGUACUGCAGCUUGCCCACAUGCAGUUGUCAGCCCUGUGGCAGUGGGGAGACGUACUGCAGCUUGCCCACAUGCAGUUGUCAACCCUGAUGCAGUGGGGAGACGUACUGCAGCUUGCUCACAUGCAGUUGUCAGCCGUGAUACAGUGGGGAGACGUACUGCAGCUUGCCCACAUGCAGUUGUCAGCCCUGAGGCAGUGGGGAGACGUACUGCAGCUUGCCCACAUGCAGUUUUCAGCCCUGAUGCAGUGGGGAGACGUACUGCAGCUUGCCCACAUGCAGUUGUCAGCCCUGAUGCAGUGGGGAGACGUACUGCAGCUUGCCCACAUGCAGUUGUCAGCCCUGAUGCAGUGGGGAGACGUACUGCAGCUUGCCCACAUGCAGUUGUCAGCCCUGAUGCAGUGGGGAGACGUACUGCAGCUUGCCCACAUGCAGUUGUCAGCCCUGAUGCAGUGGGGAGACGUACUGCAGCUUGCCCACAUGCAGUUGUCAGCCCUGAUGCAGUGGGGAGACGUACUGCAGCUUGCCCACAUGCAGUUGUCAGCCCUGAUGCAGUGGGGAGACGUACUGCAGCUUGCCCACAUGCAGUUGUCAGCCCUGAUGCAGUGGGGAGACGUACUGCAGCUUGCCCAGAUGCAGUUGUCAGCCCUGAUGCAGUGGGGAGACGUACUGCAGCUUGACCACAUGCAGUUGUCAGCCCUGAUACAGUGGGGAGACGUACUGCAGCUUGCCCACAUGCAGUUGUCAGCCCUGAUGCAGUGGGGAGACGUACUGCAGCUUGCCCACAUGCACUUGUCAGCCCUGAUCCAGUGGGGAGACGUACUGCAGCUUGCCCACAUGCAGUUGUCAGCCCUGAGGCAGUGGGGUGACGUACUGCAGCUUGCCCACAUGCAGUUGUCAGCCCUGAUGCAGUGGGGAGACGUACUGCAGCUUGCCCACAUGCAGUUGUCAGCCCUGAUGCAGUGGGGAGACGUACUGCAGCUUGCCCACAUGCAGUUGUCAGCCCUGAUGCAGUGGGGAGACGUACUGCAGCUUGCCCACAUGCAGUUGUCAGCCCUGAUGCAGUGGGGAGACGUACUGCAGCUUGCCCACAUGCAGUUGUCAGCCCUGAUGCAGUGGGGAGACGUACUGCAGCUUGCCCACAUGCAGUUGUCAGCCCUGAUGCAGUGGGGAGACGUACUGCAGCUUGCCCACAUGCAGUUGUCAGCCCUGAUGCAGUAG